UAGUCGCGUUGAAAACGGAGGCUAAACCUCCAAACCCUGGACCUCCGCUUCUGAUGGCGGUCACCGCCGGCUGUUCCGACGGUUCGAUUCCCAUCUCGGAAGCGCGACGUCACGCGGCGGCGCCGGCACGGGCGCCCAAUCUCCGGUUCCCCGUCACGCCCCCGCCCAGUCGUGCAGCCUCGAAGUUGCCGCCGACUAGCCAUGACGACGCGGCGGCCCGCGAGAUCCCGGUUGCUGUCGCCCUGCUACUCGCCGCCGCGGCCGCGAACGCGGCCAUCCCGCCCACCGCGAUCGCUGCGUCCGGCGGCUCCAUGGGCGGGCGCUCCUCCUCCUCCUCCUCGUCCUCGAGCUCCUCUUCUUCAACAUCCAGCAGCUCCUCCUCCUGGUCCUCCUCAACAUCCUCCAGCUCGUCCUCCUCAGGACCAUCUUGGUACGAUUCUUCGACGACUCACGAGUCGGUCGGGACGGCGGCCGCACCACCCCGGGCUGCUGCGGACGUUGACCCCGCCGUACUCGUGCAAGCGUGGCUGAUGCUCAUCGGCCUCAUUCUCCUGGCCGUCGCCGUGUGGCACUACACCCGGCCGAGGAGAACCGUGGUCAAGCUCCAGGUUGCGUUGCUGGGCUUGGCAAAGCCGUUUCAGAAGGAACUGAACGAGAUCGCUGAGAAGGUGGAGGCUUCGAACCAGCGUUGGUAUAAGUUCAUAUUGACGGAGACCAUAUGUGCCUUAAACCGUCACAAUGAUUGUUGCGUCUCUUCAAGCUUAUCGGCUGAUGUCAAAGUUGGAGCGGAUUCUUGGGAGGAGCAUUUUGAUAAAAUUUCUCUGGAGGAGAGGAGCAAAUUUGAUGAAGAAACACUUUACAACUUGGACGGAAUCAAGGGGAAGAAAGUAUACUCCAAAAAACCAGAUGGCUUCAGCAACGAAUAUAUUGUGGUAACCAUCCUAGUGGCUGCUGAUGGAGCACUGAAGUUCCCAAAAAUCAAAAGACCCGCUGAUCUGGUGGCAGUACUGGAAAAACUUAAUUCUAUAUCUGCAAGCAAAAUGCGGGGCGUUAAUGUUUUAUGGACUCCUCAAGAAGAGAACGACGUUCUUUCCGAAGAGAGGCUUCUUGCAGAUUAUCCUAAUCUGAAGGCCCUGAGUGAUUACUAGGACGAUCGUCCCUCUCGUGUUCUUAGAUGCCCCGAUCAUUUUUUAAGUGCAAUGUCUACAAGUUAAAUCAUUUAGAGUAUAUGUUGUAAGUUUCAAUUGCGUCAAUUAUGAUGAGACCUAAGUUCUAGUUUUGGUUGGGCACUGAGUAUCUCUUUCAUUUUUUAGCUUAUUAGCAUAUAAUGAGGCUCGUAUUAGAACACUAGUCAUCAUGAACUAGCAAAAAAGACUAUUUCAAAUUACUUGUAAAAAUACCUA